AUGACCACGCCUUUAUCGACGCUGCAAUUGCCUGCUUAUUUCAUUGACAGCACCCGCGACCUGGCCCACAACCUUCAACUUGCACAGAUCCUCAUGCUUGCUUGUAGAUCAAAUACGUCGCACAGCCUCAGCAUGUGA